AUGGGAGAUUUUAAUGCUGUGUUGACAGAACAAGAUAGAAUCAAUGGGACUCCAAUAUAUGAGAAUGACACUGUUGACUUUAAAGAGUUUAUCCAAGACUGCAAUAUGGCUGAACUAAGAAGUGUUGGGGCACAAUUCACAUGGUCAAACAAUACAGUAAGUAGUAGGAUAGAUAGAGGGGUGGGGAAUGCAGAAUGGAUGCUUGCUUACCCACUACUGCAUAUAGUAAUCAUGGCUCCGUAUUUCUCAGACCAUGCUCCAUUGGCAAUCGUCCUAACAGAGCAACAAAGCAAAAGAUAUAGACCAUUCAGGUUUUUUAACUUCAUUGCGGAACAUGCAAAAUUUCAACAAAGUGUGGAGAAAGGAUGGAAAAGUAUCAACAAGGGAGAUCACAUGGAGAAUAUAUGGGGCAAACUGAAAAAGUUCAAGCAGGAGAUCAAAAAAAUCAACACAACGCAAUAUUCAGGAAUCGGGGACAAGAUAAAGAGUUGCAGACAACAAUUAAUGGAAGUGCAAGAGGAUCUAAGGAUUCAAAGAAACUCCAAUGAACUCAAACAGGUAGAGAAAAUGAUCAGAGAGAAGCUGGAGAAAUGGGUACUAAUUGAAGAAAGCGUUAUAAAGAAAAAAUCCAAGAAUUAG